CGCCGCACCCGGAAGCGGCCGCGCUGCCGCGGCGGUGCCAGCGAGGCGCGGGCCUGCGCGAGGGCGAGGCGCGGCGGGGCCCGGGCCCCCCGGGACGGCGGGAUGGCGGCCGAGGGGAAGGUGACGGGGCAGAGCCAGGAGCAGUUCCUGCUGCUGGCCAAGGCGGCCCGCGGCGCCGCCCUCGCCAGCCUGAUCCACCAGGUGCUGGAGGCCCCGGGCAUCUACGUCUUCGGGGAGCUGCUGGACAUGCCCGCCGUCCGGGAGCUGGCCGACAGCGAGUUCUCCCCCGUCUUCCGCCUCCUCACCAUCUUCGCUUACGGCACCUACGCGGACUACCUGGCUGAAGCAGCAAACCUGCCUCCCUUGACAGAGGCUCAGAAGAACAAGCUGAGGCACCUGUCGGUCGUCACUCUGGCCGCCAAGAUCAAGUGCAUCCCCUACUCGGUGCUGCUGGAGCAGCUGCAGCUGAAGAACGUGCGGCAGCUGGAGGACCUGGUGAUCGAGGCCGUGUACGCGGACGUGCUGCGCGGCAGCCUGGACCAGCGCAACCAGCGCCUGGAGGUGGACUACAGCAUUGGCAGGGACAUCCGCAGGGAGGAGCUCAGCACCAUCACCCGCACGCUGCAGGAGUGGUGCCAGGGCUGUGAGGUGGUCCUGUCGGGCAUUGAGGAACAGGUCAGCCGGGCCAACCAGCACAAAGAGCAGCAGCUGGCUCUGAAGCAGCAGAUUGAGAGCGAGGUAGCAAACCUGAAGAAGACCAUUAAAGUGACAACAGCAGCUGCUGCAGCAGCCACGUCCCAGGACCCAGAACAGCACCUAACAGAGCUUAGGGAGCCAGCCCCUGGCACCAACCAGCGCCAGGCCAGCAAGAAAACUUCCAAAGCCAAAGGGCUCCGGGGCAGUGCGAAGAUCUGGUCCAAAUCAAAUUAGUUGGAUCUCCCUUCACAAUUGGGAGGGUGAGAGGAAGAAAUCUGGGGGAUGGAGGGGUAGCCAGGGUCCCAAGUGUGAUGCUUCUGAGCUCUUCUCCAAGAUCCAUCUUGCCAACUCAUUCACCUGCAUGUUUGUGCUCUUUCCUGUCUUUACCAACUUUCCAGGCAGUGCCUCCCCCCUCUUUGUGACAGCAUUUCACACUCUAAGCUUCCAGUUGUAUGCCUUGCUCUUUCCCCUCCCCCUCCAGCCCCCAUGGCCAUGUGCUCCUCUCUUUCUCUCUCCCUGUCUCUUGACAAGUCAAUUUAAAAGAGCCGUAAAACUGUGUUGGUCACCUUGGCACCUGGAGGGCAUCACAGGAGCUUGGAAAAGAAUGUGCUGGUGCUCAGCAAUCAUUUUGGCUCUCUGAGACCCUGGGGUACUUUGCUCCGGGAUGCAGCUGCCAUCUUGGAUUGUUUCAUCUUUGUUUUGCUAGGUGGGAGGGUAGUUUUUGAAGGGAUUCUUUUAAAGAUAUAUAAAUAUAUUAUAAAUAUAUAUAAAACAAUAAAAAAAUACAGAUCUAUGGACAUACCUAUACAAA